AAUGAUGGUAUAUGGAGGAGAGCCUCUCUUGUCUUUGUUUUGAUGUGGAACAAGUCCUAAUCCGUCGCUUGAAAUUUCCAAACGCCAACCUACCCAAAAGAAGCAUAGCAUUAUGCUCUGAUGGCCCAACUUAUACCCUUCAUUAAACCAAACCAACAUCGAUCGUACACAAAGCAAGGCCUUCGACGCCCAAUCUGCCAGUCUCUCACUAACUUUUCACGUAGGAGUCGUCCCUUUUUUCCUAUAUAAAAAACGAUUCUUUUUUUUUCCUCUCGUAUUUGAGGGCAGUGAAUGGAAGGGGAGGGAAUAGCAUAGACGUUCAUCCAAGCCAUCUCUCUUUUUCACUCUCUUUUUUUGCCGAGAGAAACGGAGAAGAAAUAAGACAUUAUCGUUGUUACAAGGAUAGUUUCAGGUUGUCGAAGGAAGCUCAGAAUAUAAGGUAUGGUUCUUGAUAGCAUGAUAACUUCUCCUCACCGGAGAUCACCAUCUUUCCGGAAGCAAUUCCCACGGGAUGAGUUGGGUAGCUGGUCAACACUCCUUCAGCGACACCGUUUCCUCUUAACAGCCUUGGCUCUCUUGGCUUUCUUAUGCACAAUCUAUCUCUACUUCGCCGUUACCCUAGGGGCAACUGAAUCAUGUUCUGGAUUGACAGGUGCCAAAAAGACAUUAUGUCGUUUGGAGCUGGCAAAGGAUUCUGUAGGCAAUGGAAAACUCAAAUUUUUCUAGCACGGAUGACACAGUCAAUCGGUUCUUGGUAGUGUUUUCUCUGCCUCAUGCUUGAGCUCCUUAGUGACUUUGUAUACAUGAUGAUGUACCAGAAUUUGUCUUUAAAAUUUUUAAUCACAUCCACUGAUAAUUCUUCAUUGUUUUUAUAACAAUUACACAGGUGAUUUCUUUUAUGGCUAAAUUAUGUUUUCCCAUUUUCUA